UCUGAAAACUUUCUCAGGGGGUUGUGACCAAAGUUUAUUCUUAGCGUCUGUCUCAGCUCGCCCUCCUCUCUGUCCGUCUGUUCCUCACUUUUUGUGUUUGUCUGCUUCAGCUGUCGUGUUCGCUUACUUUCAGUGUUUGCCUUUUACUUUUUCUCUAUUCUCCCUAAGAUAUUCUUUCUUCUUUUGUCACUUUCGUGGUGAAGCUUCGGCAUCGUGUCUUCCUUUCACUUCUGGUUUCAGCUGACAACACUGCAGGCUAUUUUUUACUUUUUCACAACUCCUCGUCCUCCAGUUUGUUCCCGUGCUGCUACUUGACUAUUUAUCGUGCUGACCUUGGCGCUUUUCCUCUCCACAUUUCCUCAUCGCCUUUUGUUCCUGCCGCUACCUCACCUGCAUCUCGCCUUCACCUCCCGUGCAGCAUCCCUCCAUCCGCCUCUCUUCCACUCUCGUCUUUUCUCUGAGUAGAUCUGCACUGCUGUGCAAUGGGAAAGACAGAGCUGCAUUCUCUGUUUAAGGGUUUUCUGGACUGUAUUUGCCUCUGCCUUUCUAGAAGAAGUGACCGGGCUGCAAAUGACAGUGAGAGGGACUCUGAAAAUGGUCACCUGAUCUACAAAAGUGGUGACGUCCUUGAAGACAGAUAUGAGAUAGUCGACACUUUAGGUGAGGGGACCUUUGGGAAAGUGGUUCAGUGUGUGGACCACAGCAGAGGAGGAAAUCAAAUUGCAUUGAAGAUCAUUAAGAACCAGGACAAAUACAGAGAAGCAGCCAAAUUGGAAAUCAACGUCCUGGAGAAGAUCAGUGAGAAGGAUCCGCACAACAAACAUAACUGCGUGCAGAUGCUCAACUGGUUUAACUACUACGGCCAUGUGUGCAUCUCCUUUGAGCUGCUGUCUCUCAGCACAUUUGACUUCUUGAAAUCAAACAACUUCCUGCCGUAUCCAAUUAACCAGAUCCGACACAUGGCCCAGCAGAUCUGCCACGCUGUCAGCUUUCUCCAUGACAACAAGCUGACUCACACUGACCUGAAGCCUGAGAACAUCCUCUUCGUCAACUCGGACUACUCCCUCAUAUACAACGCCGAGAAGAAGUGCAAUGAAAGGCAAGUAAACGACACCGCGGUGCGGCUCGUCGACUUCGGCAGCGCCACCUUUGACCACGAACACCACUCUGUCAUCAUCUCUACUCGUCACUACCGAGCCCCAGAGGUCAUACUUGAGUUGGGUUGGAGUCAACCGUGUGAUGUGUGGAGUAUCGGCUGCAUCCUGUUUGAAUACUACAAAGGGUUCACACUCUUCCAGACUCAUGACAACAAGGAGCAUCUUGCUAUGAUAGAGAGAGUACAGGGACCGAUUCCUCAGAAGAUGAUUCAGAGGAGCAGAAAGCAGAAGUAUUUCCACCGUGGACAUCUAGACUGGAACGAGUGCUCCAAAGCCGGACGCUACGUCAAAUCCAAAUGCAAGCCGUUAAGGGAAUACUUGUUAUCACACGGGAGAGAACACCACCAUUUUUUCGAUCUCCUAGAGAGGAUGCUGGAGUACGAGCCCUCAAAGCGUAUUUCUCUUUCCUCCGCUCUGUGCCAUCCUUUCUUCCAGCCCCUCCAUCAUCCAGGAAGAAGUCAGGGGUGGAGGAACAGCUGUGACAUGAGCAGAUGACCUUUGGUAGACACUUAACCAUAUGUGGACCAUAUGGUGAGGGUGUUUGCAAGUUUAUUUGUAAUUUAAGCUUUAAAAAUAAGAGGUUUAAGUUAUUUGAGUUAAACACUGAAAUGACAGCUAACAGUGAAAGAGAAAGUCUGAAAGCAUCAUUGUAAGCAGCUUCUCAGAUAAAAGAAGUUUGAACAGUUACAGCUGAUUGAGCUGGAAGAGAGAAAAGAGAAGCAUCAUCCUUUCAAGUAGGGGAAAAAAUUUAUUUAGCAGACACGUUUGUCUAAAGGUGCUAGCAAUUUUUUUCUGAGCAUAUUAUUUUUAUGUUUGUUUGCUUUUCUAUGUUUCUGUUAAAAUUGUCUUAAAAUUGUUUACAAGCUUGUUAAGUAUGGAAAGACUUGACAAAUGCAACCUACGUGACAUUAUAAAAAUCCAACAGUCUCAGCCUUAAUGUAUCCUCCAGAACAGAAGCAUUUUAUUUUGAGGUAAUGAGUCUCUAGAUAUUAAUUAGAAUAAAUGUGAUUUUUUUAAGUGUAAUUUUCUAGUGUGUAGUUUUAAUUAUAUAAAACAUUAAACAAAUAAAAUAAUUAUAUAUAACAUUAAAAAAGGAAACAAUUGAAAAAUAUAAAAGUUAUUUGCUUUUACUUUUUUAUGCUGUACUUUUUAUAUUGGAGGAAAAAAGAUGAAGAAAUGGCGCAGGUGCCAAACGUUAAACUACUAAUGGAGAACUGACCUUAACAAGCAAAUCAACUGAUGCAGUAGUCCUUAUUUAACCCUGUAUUCACGAUUCAUGUUCUUAUAUUAGCCAUAUCUAAAAAAAAAAAUACGAUUUUUCUAGUCAGUUAUAACACACAUGCACUGUGUCACUUCGUGCCAUAUUUCCCCAUCUGAGAAAUUGAAGUAUAAUUUUAUCUAAAGAGACAAAAAUUUUAUUUCUCAGUAUAAACUGCCAAAUCAUUUUCUUUGUGGUAGAUUCCAUCAGAUUAAACAAGCUGCUAACUUUUUGGUGACUUCUUGCUAACCUCCAGUUAAAUAUAAUAAAAAGCCUUCCCUGCGUUCUUUAAACUCAGGGAAGGCUAAAAAAUAACAAAAAACAAAACAGAGUUUAGGAAAGUGCAGUGUAAAUGUGGGACUUUGCUUCUGUAUGUGGGAGAUGUCAUAAAACUGCUGCGGCGUCCCACAAAAAAAGGGACAUCUGGUCACCCUAGCAAAAACACUGAAGUUUGGAAACAGGUGAUGUAGUAAUGGUUAUAACAAACACAACAGACGUUGUCUUCAUGCUAAUAAAAGAAACAUGUUCUAAAAUUGGACAUUUUAAAGGGAAAAAAUAAAAUGUAUUCAGAUACGUCUCUAACAUUUGGAGG